AUCUAUAGCCAAUCUUUCCACUCAACUGACUCUUCUUACUUUCGGAAGCAAUUUGAUAUAUGGAAGCAUCCCCAACGGUCUUGAACAUCUUCUGAACUUGACCGGUCUGGGAGUAGAAGAUAACUACUUGGGUGGUAGUGUCCCUGAUGGCAUUGGGAAGCUCCAGAAGUUACAGAUACUAGCUUUGGAUUACAACCAAUUUUCGGGGCCAAUCCCGCCCAUGCUUGGCAACUUGACUUCAGCUAUAACAAUCUACAUCAACGAGAACAGGUUCAACGGCAAAAUACCUCCAAGUCUUGGGAAUUGUCAAAAUCUCAUAUUACUUGACCUUUCUAGUAACAAUUUAACGGGCACCAUACCUAAAGAGAUUCUUGGGCUUUCGUCCCUUUCAAUCUAUUUGGACAUGUCUAACAACUUUUUGACAGGUUCACUACCAUCUGAAGUGGGUCAUUUGGUAAAUCUCGCGGAACUAAGUGCAUCAGGAAACAAGUUUUCAGGUGAAAUCCCAAUAACCCUUGGUAGUUGUGCUACUUUGCUGGUACUGAAUUUGGGUAGUAAUGAAUUUCAAGGAACAAUUCCUCAAUCUCUUGAGAAUUUAAGAGGCUUGGAAGAAAUUGAUCUUUCAGGAAAUAACUUGUCAGGGCAUAUUCCUCAAUUUCUAGGCAAGUUGACAUUUCUCAAGCAUCUCAAUCUUUCUCACAACGAUUUUGAGGGCGAAUUGCCCAAAGAAGGGGUUUUUCUAAAUACAAGUGGUCUCUCAAUUCUCGGAAAUGAUAAACUUUGUGGUGGCAUCUCGCAAUUGCAUCUACCUGCAUGCCUAAAAAAAAAGGCUCAAUCAUCUAGAGGAAUACUUGCCCCCAAAGUAAUCAUUCCUGUAGCUUGUGCACUUGCAUUCAUAUGUGCUCUGUCCUGCUUCAUUGUUGGUCGUUCAAUGCUGAAAAAAUCAAAAGCUGUAUUUGUAACUUCACCUUCUUAUAAGGAUUGGAAAUCAGUAUCUUACUUUGAACUCGUUGAAUCAACUAAUGGGUUCUCGGUGGAUAAUCUGAUUGGUUCAGGAAGUUUUGGUUCCGUAUACAAAGGAGUACUUCCUAGUGAUGGAACUAUAGUUGCAGUUAAGGUAUUAAACCUUCAACAACCAGGAGCUUUCAAGAGUUUCAUACAGGAAUGCAAAACUUUAAGUAGUAUAAAGCACCGUAAUCUUCUGAAAAUUAUAACUGCCUGUUCAAGCAUUGACAAUCAUGGUAAUGACUUCAAAAGUCUAGUUUUCGAGUACAUGGUAAAUGGAAGUCUAGACAUGUGGCUGCAUCCAAAAGAUAAUGAGGAAUCUGAAAGUAAGAGGUUAAGCCUUAUCCAAAGACUGAAUAUUGCGAUUGAUGUUGCUUCUGCAUUGGACUAUCUCCACCACCAUUCCGAAGCUUCAAUUGUUCAUUGUGAUAUGAAGCCAAGCAACGUUCUUCUUGAUGAAGAUAUGGUAGCUCAUAUUGGUGACUUCGGUUUAGCAAGGUUCUUGUUGGAAGCAUCGGACAAUCCCUCUCAAAGUCAAACCAUGUCAGCUGGGUUAAGGGGUUCCAUCGGCUACAUUCCUCCAGAGUAUGGCAUGGGAGGCCAAGUCUCGACACUGGGAGAUGUGUAUAGCUUUGGAGCAUUGCUGCUAGAAAUGUUCACAGGGAAAAGACCUACGGACGACAUGUUUGGAGAUCAUCUAAGCAUUCUCCAAUUCACAGCAAUGGCAAUGCCUGACCAUGUCAUGGACAUAGUUGACCCUUCAUUAUUGGUCAUUGAAAGAGAAGAUGAAGAUACUACCAAUGAUGACAGCAACGACAAUGACAUACAAGAAAAUAAAUUACAAAACAUCAAGAUUGCAGCCUGGUCCAAUGAAGAAGCUUGGAGAAAUGUUUUGGUUUCAGUGAUACAGAUUGGACUGUCUUGCACUGCAAUAUCCCCAGGAGAGCGGAUGCAUAUGAAUGUAGUUGUCAACAAAUUGAAUGGAAUACGAAACUCAUAUCUGAACUUAGAAUGAGAAGAAACGGGAGCUGGCAACAUACAAAAUGAAAUGGAAUACGAAACUCAUAUCUAAACUCAAUCUAUAGGUUCAUAUUAAGCAAGAAUUCAUUUGAAUAAUAGAUGUUAUAUGUAUUAUUGUGUGUGAUAACUUGUAAGCUUGAAAUAAUAUAGCAGAAAAAGUGAAGGAUUUUUCGUUAUCCCCCG